AUGGCGCCAGCAUUGACCGAGAUGGCGCCAACCCCGCCUCACGCGCUCCAGCAAGGACAGCAGAACGUCAGCAAGGCCAUCUUCCCGGACGGCCUCAAGACUUCCGGACAGCACGGCCCCAUCUACGAGAGGAUACGCCCAUACUCUGACUUCCCAAAGGAGAUCACUGGCCCGACUGUAUGGCAAGCGGAUGACUACAAGAACAACCGUGAGCGCUGGACGCAUGUCUUCAGCGAUGAGGAGAUUGCCGAGCUUAGCAAGGCCUCGGACGACUACAUCGCCGCUGGCCACCCUUUGACUGGUAUGAAGAAGGAUCUGUUUCCUCUACCGAAGCUGGAGUCGUUCUUUGGAGCUGUGAAGAACGAGCUCCUGAAUGGCAAAGGUUUCAUUUUGUUCAAGGGCAUUCCCGUGCGGGAAUGGGGCUUACACAAGUGUGCUGUAGCAUAUAUGGGCCUCGGGUCCUUCUUUGGGUACUUUGUUAGCCAGAACGGCCGUGGCCACGUCUUGGGCCAUGUUAAGGACCUUGGAGAGGACGCCUCUCGACCUGACAAGGUCCGCAUAUACAGGACUAAUGCGAAGCAAUACUUCCACACCGACGGCACAGAUCUCGUAGGCCUGCUCUGCAUAGCCAAGGCACUGGAGGGAGGCGAAUCAGAUAUCGCCUCUACCCACAACGUCUGGAACACAUUACAGCGAGAGAACCCAGACGUUGCCGAGCUCAUGUGCACGCCCUGCUGGUAUUUCGACCGCAAAGGCGAGGUCGGCCAAGGUCAAGAUCCCUGGUAUCGGUCCAACAUCUUCUUCAUGGAGCAUGACCCAGAAGGCAACCCUCGCGUCUGGUCCAAAUUCGACCCCAUGAACGUUACCUCUCUCGCCCGGUUCAGCGAAGGUCCGGAUGCAAAGAUCCCUCCGUUGUCUGAUGCGCAGAAGCGAGCGUUGAAGAUCCUUGACGAUACCUGCCAGAGGCUGGCGCUCCAUAUGAUCCUGGAUCCCGGUGACAUCCAGCUUUUGUGCAAUAUGCAGGUGUACCACGCCAGGACGGCGUAUAAGGACUACCCGCCUGGCUCGGUCGAUGAGGAGGGCCAUGAGCGGGUGCGGAGGCAUCUUAUGAGGCUGUGGCUGGCUACGCCGGAGAAUGAGGGAGGGUGGAAGACGCCUUUCCAUGAUAGCAACAACCGCAAGCGAGGUGGUAUUCAAGUUGACGAUACGGCGCCGCCUCGGCCACUCCCCAUCGUCCGCAUCAACAACCUGGACGUGGUCGUGCGCUGCCGCAACCACCGUCUCGACCCCCGCACCUCCCCGCAGCGCCUCCUCAACCUCUGUGUUCGCCUGCGGGAACUCCCCUUCCCCGGGAACGCCCGGCGCGUGGCCGUCGACAUUCAGAUCCCGGCCCCCUUUCCCGGGAUCGACUACACCGGCUACGUCGCGGACCUUCAGCACCUGUCGGCCCCGCUGACGGCGUUCCUAAACGCGAAGGUGGUGCAGCUGCAGGGGUUCAUCCGGCUGACGAAGGAGGAGAUUGGGGCGCUGACGAACUCGGUGCGGGUGGUUCCGAGAGUGGGUGAGGCGGUGGUGGAGUUGAGUGUGACGCAGAAGAAGAGGGAGAGUGGGAUGGGGUACAUCCUCUCCGCUCGGCAGCAGAGGAGGAUGGAGAGGGGUCGGUUCUGA